AUGAGAAUCUCAUCCGCCGUCGUGAUAGCUUCGGCUCAAGCCGCACGAAAAAAAGAACAGGAUCGAAAGGUGCCUCCUCGACAUCCUAGCCAACGCUUAACCACGCUGAUUAACUUCGGCAUAGAGUGGUGCCACGACAAUUUGAGAAAUAUGGAUCCGGAGAGUGUCCGCGGAGACCGAUUGGCGGAUAGAUUUGAAAAACGGUUUACUAUUUGGGGCGCAAAGCUGCGAAACUUGGUUGAAGAAGAAUGUUUCUACUUCAAUCCUGAUCUUCCACAUGGUGGACCAGGCCCGUCUCGCAAGAGACGAGCGAUGUUUGACGAGUCCAAGCUCGAUGUCGAUGAUAUUCACGAUGAUCUGCUUCGCUAUGACCAGAGCAAUCCCAUCCGCGGUCUAAAGCAAAUCACGACCGGUUUUUGGAAGUGGUCGCGGCGCUACAUUGCAGACUGCCCAGGCCAGCCGAAGCACAAGCAUCACGCGAAACGGGCGAAGAACAUCUACUCCAAAAUCCUAGGCUACUACAAACUUUUAGUCGAUAGACAAGAGCAGAAAGCAAAGACCCUCUAA